AUACUAAUAAAAUAAAGCAAAAUGUGGUUAUCAUCUCCAUUACGUAUUCACGCUAUGCAGACCUCCCCUCGCUUUCCUCUAUUCACAAUCUGUAUCGAACACCGCCACCAUCGUUACCUCGCCUUCCGUCUUCCGUCUUCCGUCGGCGCUGCUACCGCAUUGAAUCACCACUUUCUCCUUCGUUCACUACAGUACCGUGCUCCAAAGUUUGAAGCCCUAGUUUCCCCAAUUGAAGCUUCGAUUAGGUAAUCACUUCCCCAAAAUUUGAUUAAGGUGUGAUUAGGGCUCGAAAACCUCAAUUGGAGCUUAAUUCCUCGCAUUUGAUUCUGUGUUCAUCAUUACUAAAUGUCGAAAGACUUUCAGAUCUAUUGCAAUAUUAGUCUAUAGUUGAUGCAGAGUGGAAUAUCAUUUAUGAUAAGUUGGAUAAAUGUGUGAAGACUGGUGCCAACUGCCUAGAUUGUACUUUCUCGUCUUGCUAUUGGUGAAGUUGAAUAUGGGAGUUGCAAAAAAAAGUAAUGGCAUGGAGGAGGCAACACUUGAGAUUGGAAUGGAAUAUAUAAUUGUCUCUGGAGUGAACAUGGAAACUGCACAAUUCUUCAAACGUGAUUUUGAGGAAAACGGAUCAAUGGAGAGAGUGACUCUUUUUUUGAGCUUGGCCAAUAAUCCUACAAUUAAGCUUAUCAUUACUCCACGUAUUGCUCUUACCACAGCCGAAUAUUUGGCGUAUGAAUGCGGGAAACAGAGUUCCUAUGUUGAUGCCCUUCGAGAGGUCUCUGCCGCUAGAGAGGAAGUACCUGGUAGGCGAGGGUAUCCUGGGUAUAUGUAUACGGAUUUGGCAACAAUAUACGAGCGUGCUAGGCGUAUUGAAGGCAGAAAAGGAUCCAUCACUCAACAAUAUACAGAUUUGGCCCUUCAAGCUCUUUCCAUACAAUAUGGGGUAUUCCAGUCAAUUCACAGUUACCGGAAAGAAAAGCAUGAAAGAUGGCUUAAACCCAUUCUACGCCGCCUACAGACCAAGGGAGAAAGCUCACAGACUUCAUACAAGAAGGAUGUAAAGAAGAGAAAACAAUGUCCAAUCAUUUGAAAAGCUUCUUAAUCUUACAUUUUAUUUGUCAAUCAAGUGAGACGCAAUCUUGAUCAAGCCAAAAACUUACUAGAAGCUUUAAUCAAGAGAAAGGAGGAAAAGAGAGAUGUUUUACCUUUUGAGAAUCAUCGUUCACAGAAGAACCUCAUCCCUUUCAACUUUAAGCUUUCACCUAUAUGUGUGUGGUUGGUUACACACAAGUUUACCCUUGGAAGCAAUUGAAUUUACUUUUAAUCCACAUUGAUCUUUAUAUGUUUGUUUUUUGAAAUAUUGGAUAAAAUAUAUGGAUUUUGUUUUUUAAAAAUGACAUUUAAUUUUCAUAUUAUAAUUGUGACGAUUUAAUUGGUUA